GCGGCGCUCCCUGCCCUAGGGCCGCAUGGGCAACGGGCGCGCAGUACGCAGGCGUCCCCGACCCAGAGCUUGAUGGGAGUUGUAGUCUUCACCGCUGCUCCCUUCGCCUCCACCUUCCAGACUUUUCUAUCCUGUCUCUUGGUCCCAGACAGCCAAGUGAGGCCCGAACCAGCACCCCAGAUGGAUUCCUCCUCACUGUUCCUCUCUCUUGAAGGCUUCCAGGGCGGUCAAGAUCGCUGUCCUCUUGGGGUUCUGGUGGGGAGACUUGGGGGCUCUGCCCUCCUCCCAAGCCCCGCAGGUGAAGUGCAGGCCCGGGGACUGAGGUCGAGUUGGCUGCCCGCACAUCUCCCUCCCACCCCUACCCUGUCCCUGUCCCACAUGUCUCGCGAGACAGACGUCAGCUUGUCAACGGAGAUUCAGCAGCAGCAGUUCUAUUUCUUGACCUGUUGGGAUCAUUCGACUGUACCCUUUUGUGCACUUCUCUGUAUGUCCGUUAUACUUCCAUAAAAAGGGUUUAUUAUAAAAGUGAUGAGUACCAGAGGCACGGUCGCGGCCACGACAAGGCUGCCACGGUGGGGACGAAGUAGAGGCCGAGGAGGGCGGGAGUUUUCCCCUGUGUUUGGGAACGGCUCUCCUUCAACAUCCUGGGAACCUUGAGGGCCGCAUCUUAGUCGUUGUGGUCCCUGAGCCCAGCCCACACCUGCAGCACAGGAGGCCCGGGAUGGAUGGAGGAAGCCAGAACGAUGUGUCCACCUCCCAAUCUCCAGUGUGUCACAGGAUUGUGCCUCGUCAAAGGCAGGACGUCCGUUCCGAAAAUGGAAAAUGGAUUACCCUGUGUUCACACUCCAGUCUGGGAAGGGGGUGUCCCGAUGGCUCGAUGUCAUCUCCACCCUGCGCUGAUAAUGGGUCCAUUGGUAAUGGCUCCGGCCUCCUUCAUCAGAUCCAGUUGGACCCUCUGACGGAGGUGGGGAGGGGCCCAAGAAAGGAUCCAGGAUAAAAGCAGCAGCGGGCGUGCCAGGGCGAAUGACAACCUGACCGUGGAGGUAGGAAGUGCACGGCUGGCCCUGAACUCUGACUCUGCAGAAGGGAAGGGCGUCCGGCUGAACGGAGCAGAGCUGCUGAGCAGGAGCGGAGCUGGGUGGGGCGCAGGAGGACCCUCCGCUCUUGGAUCCCGCCCCUGCGCGAGCGCCGAGCGCUAGACUCAGAGCCUCGUGCCCUCGGACAGCAGUUGCUCACUCGGAUGCAGCGGGUCGGUAGCGGUCUCCCCCAGGGGAGCCAGGUGGCGUCCCGGUCUCCCAGCUCAGCCCGCACUGGGCAGAAGAACCAGGUGGCCACGCUGCCGGUGCAGCGGCUCGGGGACGAUGUGUCAGCUGUGCGGAGCAAUGUCCACGUGGCGAACGGUUUUAAGAUGAAGAUGGAUGCCCACGGCUUCAACCCGGAGGAGCUCGUGGUGCAAGUGGACGGCCAGUGCCUGACGGUGACGGGCCAGCGGCAAAAGGAGAGCUACGGCUCAGAUGGGAGCGGCUACCACAUGGCGCAGAAGAUGCGCCGCCAAAUGCUACUACCACCGAACCUGGAUCCCGCCGGCAUGACCUGCUGCUUAACACCCUCGGGCCAGCUGUGUAUCCGAGGCCAGUGCGGGGCGCUGCCUUCCGCUGAAGCCCAAACAGGACACUCCUCGAAACUCAAGAGUCACCGCUCUAAGGGUUCCAACUUAGCCUGACCCAAUAAACAAUCGCCAUAGUGAGCAGCAGCCUUAGUGUCCGUGGUCUCUUCUUGGGGUUGGGGUCAGAGGUGGAGGUUUGAUGAAGGUAGGGGAAGGCCAGAAAGGCCCCUCAAAGUGGUGGUGCUGGGAGAAGCUGAGAGAUGGGGGGUGGGGGGUGGUCCGACUCAGCCCGGCUCUGUUUGGACCGAUAGCUGGGGCUGAGAGCAGCAGCGUCAGCAGGGGGCAGCAGAGAGCCAGGAGGGCCCAAGCGUCCCCUAGUUCCAGAACCAGCAGGGGGCCUACUAGAGACCAGGGACCGGAUGGCUUGGACCUGGUGUGAGGCUCUUGUCUCGGCCUUACAAUCAGUCCAAAGUUCCAGGUCAUUGGUGUUCCUCUUCAGGGAAGAGGGUAGAGGACCCAGUCCCUCAGUCCUGAUACAGAUUAACCCCAAACCCCAAAGAGCUUGUUUCUGGUGUUUCAGAGACCAACUAUUUUUGUUUUCUUUUGUGUGUUUUUUGUGUGUGUAUGUUGUUUUGAUACUAAAUAUUUUCAAAUCUGGACUGCACAAUCACCCCAAUAUAUUCUAGAGGUGAUCAGGGAGAGGAAAAUGCAGGACCCGCAACUUCAAACUUGAUGAGAUUCAGUUCCAGGUCACUCUUCACUCCCAUGCCAUUAGUACUGGUAACAGUAAGGGCCUCUUUUUCUUGGCUACCAAGACACCAGUACCCCCUCACUUGGAGUGAGGGGGCAGCUUUUGUUUAACAAGAUUCAGUGGUCCAUUUUAUAUUAACUUCAAGUAAGCUAGAGAGGAUGUAGUCUGAUAAAUUCUGCCAGAGAAAGACAAGACAAGCAGGAGGUCAAUCCAUUGGCUGACUAUAUUGACAAGAUACUGAUUGGUUACAUGUUGAAGAAAACAUACAAUACAAAAUACAGAAAAAGUUGGUUCCAUUCCCGCCCACUCCCCCCUUACCCACCCACCCCCAAAUACUCAUCAUCGUGAUUUGGUCAGAACAGGGCUCAGAGCCAGAGGUCAGGGUGACCAAGGAUGAGGGGGAUGGGGUGGGCUGUGGGCAAUGGGUUCGUGGCUGUCACAAUAAUGCUGUGGUUUCUCUCCCAGCUGUGUGUCAGGGGUGAGGGGGGACGGCAGCCUGAUGCUAGCCAGCCAGCUAAGGGAAGAGCUGUCUCUCCCCUCCCUAGCCCCUAGGGCCUGCCCCAUGGCCCAGAACCAAGCACACGCC